UGACUUCUAGCGUCUGGUAAAACACCUGGAAAGGGAAAGCAUCACCGUCCCAUCGCUGCUCGCUACCAUCUCCUCUUCCUCGCUUUACUGAUCCCAUUUUGCAUCCCACCCCACACUGCCCCCGCAGCACCCAGGGGGAGGACUGCCAUGCCUGGGAGAGGAAGACAGCAGGAGCCAAAGAUCCUCUUUAAAAGCAGAAACAAAGCCAAGGGGCAGCUCAAGCGGUGGAAAGCGCAGGGGGGAGCGAUGUUCCCAGGCUCCCUGGCCCCAGCUCCUGCCUCUUGAAGCACUUUGUGAAAGAAAGAAGUGUCGCGCUCCCAUGCCGCCCCCGCCCUCUUCUUUUUCUUUUAAGAGGAAACUGAGGUACAGCCGGGGAGCUCGUCGCAUCCCCACCUGUGCUGGGCGGAGAUGACAGAGGGACCAGUGCUCUGUCACGGUUCUUUGGUAAACAAUGAAGGUUCUGUUACUGAAGGACCCCAAAGAGAGAGACUCGGGACCAGAUCCAUAUAUUCAGGAAUUAGGAUCAUAUGGAUUUGAAGCAACUUUAAUUCCUGUUUUGUCUUUUGAAUUUGUGUCUCUUCAAAGUUUGUUUGAAAAGCUCUCUCAUCCAGAAUGCUAUGGAGGUCUAAUUUUUACCAGUCCAAGAGCAGUAGAAGCUGUCAAGUUAUGUUUAAAAGAGAACAGUAAAAAUGAAGCCUGGACAAAAUCUCUGAAACAGAAAUGGAAUGCAAAAUCAACAUAUGUUGUAGGAAAAGCCACAGCUUCUCUAGUGGAAGAAAUUGGCCUUGCCCCACAAGGAGAGAAGUGUGGAAAUGCUGAAAAACUAGCUGGAUACAUUUGCUCAAAGGAGACACCAAAUUCAUCAUCUCUUCUUUUUCCUUGUGGAGCUCUCAAAAGAGAAGUACUUCCAACAGUGCUCAAGGAAAAAGGUAUUUUACUGGAAAGCCUCACUGUUUAUCAGACUGCUCAACAUCCCAAUCUCCAAGAAUCCUUGAAGAAUUAUUUCUCACAACAGGGGAUGCCAGCAAGCAUUGCGUUCUUCAGCCCAUCUGGUGUCAAAUUUUGUCUUCAGCAUAUUCAGAAGUUUUCUGGCAAUUUUGCUGAUCAAAUUAAGGUCACGUCAAUCCUGCGAUGUGAGGAAAGAGAAAGAAACAGCCAGUCGCGCAUUUGUGUAGCGCUGUUACAUGCAGUUGCUGCCACCAACUGGACCGGGCACCGGUCCCUGGCCCACUGGAAAAAAAAUUGCCGGUCCGCCACAUCAGACAGUUUGAGAAGCACUGUUUUAGAAGAUGCUGGCUAUAGCUUGUUAUCCUUUUCCACUGAUGAUCGUUCUUCAGAAUGGGACUGUGGGGGAAGAGUUGAAUAGAUGAAGUUCAAACCACCACAAAAAUACGUCAUUUGUUUGCAGCUCAGAAAUACUGCAUGUGAAUUAGAGGGGCCCCUCACUGGCCAUCCAUGUCCUAACUGAAAAGUGGAGACCCAUCCUUUUCCAAUUUUAAUCCUACUCUCUGGCCUAAAGUAGAAGAGGCACUUGAGCUGAAGGGAUUCCUUCUUUCUCCUCUGUAGUUUCAAUUAGUUUUAACUCCUGUGGCAAAAAGCUGGUCCUACGUUCACACUAGAGAUGGUUCUGUGUUGUGCAUAGUUCUGAGCUCCUGAAUAGUUCUCUCUGCAGGAGCUGCAGAGGCUGGAGUUGGAUCAAUAGGGACCAGCUGUAGAGUUUAGCAUUAGCAUCAGUUUCUCAAAAGUGGAAGCUGUGGGGUAGAAGUGUGGCUUUGAAUCUCCCUUUACUUCAUACUUUCUGUACCUGAAUAAAUAAAUCUGCUUGGCCUGAUUGAAGAUCAUUAUCUUUUAUACAUGUACCUAAGUUCUGGCUCAGUGUACCACCAUCAUUCUUUAUGGUCCAAGACAAGAUAAACUGCUGAUUUAGAAGCCUAGAAAUUCCUGGGCAAGGACUGUGUUUGACAGCUCUACCACACACAUGCACUAUGAGACUAUCUUCUGUACAGGUAAAAGCUUGUGUGUGCAAGAGACUAAGCUUUCCAAAACCUCAAAGAAUUCUCUCACUGUCUGUUUCAAGUGCAGGGCACCUGUCUUUGGUCUUGCCUGCUAUAACAAUCCUGCACAGCACAGCUGCUGUUAAGCAAAUACAAUUAGAAAGGUA